UGACCAGCAGGGGUAGUUUAGAGGAAGGAGUGCAUGUGGACUACAUACACACAUGAGUAUAGACACGGAGAGACAAGCUGUGUGAGGACUGUACUGUGAACCUGGACUCUUGCACUGAAGCGGACAGAGUUAUGUUCUGUACUCACCCUGUCUCUGGUACAGGAAACAACUCAUUGAUGUAUUGCUACAACAUGAAACCGGUUUAUGGGCAGUCUCCCUCUAAUGACGACAUCAACCAGAACUCCUCUCUACACCCAUCCAACAAGGGCCCCAGCAAUGUGUUUGCCAGCACCUUCUUUGAGGGUAUGAGCAAUUCGCCCGACAUCUGGAACGCUGUAAACGGGCUGAACCAGCAGGGCUAUGAAGGUGCACUGGGAGCAGCCACAACCCACCAGACGCAGGCAGGGAGCUACAGCAGCCUGCCUCCACCACCACCACACAGUCACCUGGAUUACUCCCCACAUUCAGUGAUGGCUGCUGAUAUGAACAGGAGUCUCCCACCAAUGUCCACUUUCCACCGCAACAACACCGCACCACGCACUCCAUCAAUCAACAACUCAGAGAAUUCAACAGUCUCAGGGAGCCAAGGAAAUGUGUCAGGAGGGUCACAGACAGGCGAUACUUUGGGCAAAGCUUUGGCUUCUAUUUAUUCCCCCGAUCACACCAGUAGCAGCUUCCCCUCCAGUUCAUCCACACCAGUGAGGUCUCCGUCCCCGCUACAGAAUGCAGCUGAACCAGCAGGUAACAACAUGUGGCUCCGGAGUUCAGCUCAGGCACCAGUCUCACCACACUAUGAAUCCUCACUCAUAUCACUGUCUCAGGUGGAGGACCGGCUGGACAGACUGGAUGAUGUGAUCCACGUCCUGAGGAACCACGCUGUUGGACCAACGGCUGGCCUGCCCAUCGACAUCCACGGCCUCCUGAACCAAACCCACCAGAGCCAGCACGGAUCUGCCAGCACUCUGCCACCCACCUGUCACACUGCAGCCAUGGUUGAAGCUGUCAAUAUGAACAACAACCACUCAGCCUUCCAAAGCCGCACACAAAACGGGCACCCGUACCCACCCAGACAGAGAGUCACGCUGCAGCCAAUGCAAGGUGGAGGCAGAGGAGGUCUGGGAGUUCAGGGUAAUCUGGAGCUGAAGAUGGAGAGCGGAGAGAGGGAGGAGAUGAUGCACACCAACCACAGUCAGAGCUCUGACAGUCAGAGAUCAGAUGAGGAGGGUGAUCUCAAAACGCAGGGAGACAACGGCUCAAGUAUCCACGAGGACGAAGACCUGAGCCCGGAGCAGAAGGCCGAACGGGAGCGCGAGAGACGGAUGGCCAACAACGCCCGUGAACGUCUGCGUGUGCGCGACAUCAAUGAGGCGUUUAAGGAGCUGGGUCACAUGUGUCAACUUCACCUGAAGAGCGAGAAGCCACAGACCAAGCUGCUGGUGCUGCACCAGGCCGUUGCUGUGAUCCUCAGCCUGGAACAACAAGUCAGAGAGAGGAACCUGAACCCAAAAGCAGCAUGUCUGCGGAGGAGAGAGGAAGAGAAGGCGUCUGCAGUCAUGACGGAUCCGCAGUCCAUGCAUCUGGCUUUCCAUCCCGGUCUGACAGACCCUGCAAACCCCAUGGGCCACCUCUGAGCUAGAGGAAAUGACUACAUUGAAUCCAGCAUUAAAUGUUUGGUGAAGAGCAUCCAGCUGUUUUGACGUCCAGCAUUUCUUCUGAUUUGGGACCAGAGUGCAGAGGUCAACCUCUCUGAUCGUGAUGCAGUUGAACAAUCAUCUCUUCACCUCCCAAACAGACUUAAACUUUGUGCCUAAACUUUACUUGUAAACCAGACAAAUGCAUUGUACGCUGCAGGUGUUUUUGUACAUAUUUUGUAUAUUUAUUGAUUGUCUGUCUCUUUGAAUAUAUCUGACAAGAUAAAACCCAGUAGUGACAAUGUGUCAUCUGCAGUUCCACUUAUGGCAGAGCCAGAUAUGUGUCUGACUGACUUUUACAGUUUAACACUAUUUUAAAAUGUACCUUCAUUAUUUUCCGAGCUCAUAGACCCACAUUCCAACAUUUGUGUGUUCAGACAGCGGAUUUCAUUAGUCCCAUGGUGUGCGUGCGUGCGUGCGUGCGUGUGUGUGUGUGUGUGUGUGUGUGUGUGUGUGUGUGUGAGUGAGUGUUGCAGGAGUUUGACCAUUCUGUGAAUGAACAGAUCUCCUGGAAUGUUCAGUACCAAGUGGGCGUCAAUUGUUAUUUGUGUAUUUGUUACAAACCUGUGUUAACAAGGUCACACCUAAUGAAAUGCUGGUGGACAGAGUCCCUCGUCUUUUCAGUGUGAGUUCUGCUCUUCGGAUGUAGUCCAAGCUCUUUGCAUGUUUGAGUUUUUAAUAGAAUAUUAAAUGUUUUUUUUCUAAGUUAUGUAACUUAUAUUUUAUACACAUAUUGUGAGUUCCAUUAUGUCCAUUUACUUUUCUCGCUCUCAUUUUACAAAACCCUCUUUGUGCAGUUUAACUAGUCGUAGACACAUUUCAUGCUCUGAGCAAUACAGUAUUACAGAAUAACUGAUGUCUUGUUUAUAACACUGCUAAACAAUAACCAAUAAUAAUCAAAUUACUCCUAUCAUAACAUGUACAGUAUGUGUACAGUUUGAAGUAGCCUACAGGCAUGUGUCAAAAUGAUAAUGUAGCAAUAAAUGUCUUUCUUUUUUCAAAUA